CACACAGGCACACACACUUGGCUCUUCGCAGCCUCUUGUUGGUCUCCUCAGCCACCUUGGAAAGCCAUACGUGCAGGAAUUAGCAAGAAGGAAGGAAGCAUGUGGAAGCUUGUUGCAGCAGCAGUAGCGCUAAUCGUGCUGUGCGCGUGCACGACGCCAGCGCGCGGCGGCGACGACUACACGGCGUUCGUGUACGCCGGGUGCUCGCAGGGGCGGUACGACCCCGGGUCGCAGUACGCCGCGGACGUGGACACCGCGCUGUCGUCCCUCGUGAACAGCGCAGGCUUCGUGGCCUACGCAAACUACACCUCGCCGGGGCAGCUGGUGGGCGUGUACCAGUGCCGGUCCGACCUCCCCGCGGCGGUGUGCGGCGGCUGCGUGAGGUCGGCCGUCUCCAAGCUGUCCUCGCUGUGCAACGCGGCGGCGGGCGCCGCGGUGCAGCUGCGCGCCUGCUUCGUGCGGUACGGGAACGACUCGUUCCUGGGGAGGCAGGACACGACGGUGCUGUUCAAGAAGUGCGGCGGCGGCGAGAGCGCGGGGGGCGACACGGGCGUGGUGGCCAUGCGCGACGCGGCGCUCGGCGCGCUCGUGGCCGCCGCGGCACCCGGCGCCGGCGAGGGCUCGUACCGCGCCGGCGCGGCGGGGUACGUGCAGGCCAUGUCGCAGUGCGUCGGGGACCUCGGCGCCAAGGCCUGCACCGACUGCGUCUCCGCCGCGGCCUCGCAGCUCAAGGCCGGCUGCGGCUACGCCUCCGCGGGGGAGGUGUACCUCGGCAAGUGCUACGCGCGCUUCUGGUCCAAUGCCGCCCCCGGCGGCGGCGGUGGCGAAGGCACCGGCACUGGCGGUGGAUUACCGGUGGUCGGAGGUGGCGGCGGCAAUGUCAUCGGCGGCGGCGGCGUGGGAGGAGCAGGCAACGGAUACGGAUACGGCGGAUUCGUGCCAAACACGUACGGGCAGCACGAUGAAUCUGGGAAAACCCUUGCCAUCAUCAUCGGCCUGGUGGCAGCGGCCGCCAUUGUCAUCGUCUUCCUCUCCUUCCUCCGUAGGUCCAGGGCUGCCGGAGGCAAAAGCUAAGAGCUUGCAGGAUGGUCACCACUUGGCUCGGAUUGGAUCAAUCGGUCGGUGGCUUUUGCUUGAAAACCGCUUAUCCCAUCUACCUCCCUUUUAUCUUUUAGGGGUCUCUUUUCUCAUGUCUGCAUCUCUCCAAACAAAGGGAUGUCUGAAAGGCGUUCCCUGUGCAGACAUGUGCAAAGUAAAGAUUCCAUCCGGUACCAGCUACUCGUAAAGCCACGAUGCGCAAUGCAAGAUAUAUUUUCACAAAAAAAAAGAUAUAUGUGGUUUCUGCCCAUCAUAUAUAUACUUAUAUACAAUGUACUUAUUAUGGAGCAUGAUUCAGCAUUGUGCAAGUUUAUGUGUCCAAUUGGUGUCACCUCUUACAAUUGUUGUCGUUGUCGUCGUCUCCUCUUCCUUCUCCUAUUAGUAUUAUUAUCAUCAUCAUUAAUAACAUAUCCGUUCUAAA